CCCGCGCCACCCACUCAUCCCCUUCCUCCGAAAACCCUAGCUCCACCACCUCCUCCUCCGCCGCCGCCGCCAUGAAGCGCAAUCCGCGCGUGACGAGCUCCCGGCGCAAGUGCCGGAAGGCGCACUUCACGGCGCCGUCGUCCGUCCGCCGCGUCCUCAUGUCCGCCGCGCUCUCCACCGAGCUCCGCCACAAGUACAACGUCCGCUCCAUCCCCGUCCGCAAGGACGACGAGGUGCAGGUGGUGAGGGGGAGCUACAAGGGCCGCGAGGGCAAGGUGGUGCAGGUCUACCGCCGCCGGUGGGUGAUCCAUGUCGAGCGCAUCACCAGGGAGAAGGUGAACGGGUCCACCGUCAACGUCGGGAUCCACCCAUCCAAGGUCGUCGUCACCAAACUCAAGCUCGACAAGGACCGCAAGGCCAUCCUCGACCGCAAGGCCAGCGGUCGCGCCGCCGACAAGGCCAAGGGCAAGUUCACCGCCGAGGACGUUGCCGCCGCCGGCGCCGCCGGGGCCUCGCUCCAGGAGAUCGAUUAGGCUCGGGGAGAUAUAUCCCUUUCCUCUCUGUUCGUACCGUCUCUCCUAUUAUUAUCAUCAUCUAGUUAAUUUUAAUGCUACUUGAAAUCUGCUACUUUAUCCCUGAUGAAACUGUUUGUCAACGUGAGUUUUGGAACCUUAUGUGGAUCUAGUCUGAUGCCUUGGAUUUUGAUAGAUCAAGAACUGAACUCAUUACAUGUUUUAUUGCUCAUGCUUUAGUGAACGUUCAAAUCUGAUGCUGAAUGGUCUCA